AUGGAACCGGUUGACGCCGAACGCGCGCGACAGCUGUCGCUCUUCCGGCCACUAGGUAACGUCCCACUUGACCCCGAUGACGGGCCACUGAGACCGGCUGCUGCGUCCUCGUGGGGCGUCCACUGGCCCUGGUGGCUGCGAGCUGGGCAACCCUGGCGGGGCUACCAACGGAACUCCUGCGGUUACUGUAAAUCAGACGAUGGAAGUGCAUCCUACUACGCCAGCUCGGUGGCCGUGCGCCCCGAGCACUAUGGGGAGCUCAUUGAUCGGGGUUGGAGACGAUCCGGCUCGCUAUACUAUAAGCAGAACUUGCAGCGGUCAUGCUGUCCUCACUACACGCUGAGACUGGAGGCUUCGGCUUACCAACCUCGCCGUGACCAACGCAAGGCAAUCAACGCCUGGAACAAAUUUGUACUGGGUCCAGAGUAUAUGCGCAAGGCAGCUCGAUUAUGUCCCCGUACUCGAGAGGAAAAGAAAUACCGAAAGUGCAAUUUCGACCUACUGUCUGCUGUUCAUGAAACGGAGUAUUGCAACGUUAAGCGGCCAGUUGACCCUGAAACGAAAAGACCACUGGAGCCGGCGCAUCGCUUCGAGGUUAACAUCGAAGGAGACUCGGUUUCGCAGACGAAGUUUGAGCUUUUCUCCAAGUAUCAGACCAAAGUCCAUCGUGAGGACGUCUCCCGCUGGAAGACUAAGGAUUUUGAACGCUUCCUGUGCGCUGGCAUCAAGCGAACUCCUGCCAAACCCACCAAGGCCAAUGCAGACGAGAAAAAGCUCGGGUCAUGGCAUCAGUGCUACCGCCUUGACGGCAAGUUGAUCGCUGUUGCAGUCCUGGACUUGGUUCCCGGUGGCGUAAGCUCAGUAUAUGUCUUCUAUGAUCCGGACUACGAGCACUGGCAAUUUGGCAAGCUCAGUGCCAUGCGAGAAAUUGCCUUUUGCAUCGAGAAUGACUAUCCUUAUUACUAUAUGGGAUACUAUAUUCACAGUUGCGUAAAGAUGCGCUAUAAGGGCGAUUUCAGACCCCAGUAUAUCCUUGACCCCGAGACAUACGGAUGGGAUCCGUUGGCCGGCGAGCUUACGGAGAAGCUCAGUAAGCGUUCCUACGUGUCUCUGUCACGAGACCGAUCCUCCAAAGUCGAGGAUUCGAGUCCGAGCCAGUCAAUCGACAGCGAUGUCAAUGAGGAAGAGCUUUCCCUCUUCGACCUUCAUAUGCCGGGUGUCUUGACUAUGGACGAGGUGAAAGCCUUGGACCUGGAUCACUGGCACCUCCUCUACCACGGAACUUUCGUGAAUAUGAUUGUCAGAUCACAAUCUCAUCUCUCUCUCUCUCUUAGUAACCGUACUGACUUUAUCCAGGAUCUGGUCGGCUGGGAAGACAUGCCCAUAAACAACCCACAAUCACUGAAAGGGAUCAUUGCCGAGCUGGCUGCAGUCCUGGGCCCAAAUCUCGUAAAGAAUAGUGCAGUGGUGCUUUUCGACUGA